AUGCAUAUGCACAGCACAGCACAGCCAAAUGCAAAUAUCAAUUCGUCGCUCUACGGCUGCGGCACAAAUGGUGGUCAGAUGGGUGUGACUGCGGACUUGAGCAACCCGCUGUACAACGCGCCGGAGUACAAGAACAGUGGCGCGAAGCCGGAGGGAAUCAUCAUCAAGAUUGUUGCGCGCCUACCUGAUCACCUAGUCCUCCGCACUCUUACAUUUGACAGCAGUAUCGCCAAACCGCAGAAACCAGACACAGAAAAUAUCGACCACGCGCCAAAAUCACCAGGCAUUCUGUUUUCGGUUCAUUUUCGUACCGCAUGGUCCAGCAAUAUCACAGGGCUCUCGUCGUCCAAGUAG